GGUUUGAGGACGCCAAUGAGAGGCGAGUACGACUCAUCGAGAGAAGGUUGGCUCAAGGGAGUUUCCCCUCUUCCAGUCUUUUCUAUUGACUUUCGAUAGAACGUUUGCAGUAGGGUUUGGUCAGACCAGGACUCAGUAGCACCAAUCGGCGGAAGAAAGUUUGCCCCGAGUAGCACUGCGUUUCCGGCCAGCUGAGGCUGUGAUUUCCGUCAGAACGGUUGCGGUAGCAAGGGCCAGAGUGGUGCCCAGGAGCGCCCAGUGGCGGGGCCAGGCUCUUCGUUUCAUCCAGAAUGGCUGCGGCCUCCGCCGCGAAGGCACAGCUGCUUGGAUUGCUCAAUAGUGCAGAGUAUGCUCCGCUCUCGGCAGCUGACCUCACCAUGCUGCAGAGCGCUCUGGCCGCCUCAGCCGCGGCCGACCAGGCAUUUCACAGUGCCGUGACUCAGAUCCCGCAGGCCCAAUCCGGCACCUCUGCAGGGGCAAGGGCCUCACAAGCUGCCUUCAACAACGCCGUGUCAGCGGAGGAUGCGCGGCGCGCCGCCGCAAUGUUCAAAGCAGACAGUGAUUUCCUGGGCUGGCGCGAGCUCAAGGCGCGCGCAGACAUGCGCGCCAAUAUCCAGCAGCGCCUGGCAGUUCUGGACAGGGAGGAACUCGACAGGCUCGGGGGCGCCGGGCCCGCGGCGACUGCGGAGGCGGCCGGAGCAGGUGGGGCGGGCGCGGGCGGGAGCGCGGGCGCGGGCCCGGGUGGCGCAGGGCCGAGCGCGGCUGGGGGGGGACCGGGGACCGCAGCACAGCAGGGGAUUCCCACAGGCGGCGCACAGCAGCAGCAGCAGCAGCAGCAGCAGCAGCAGCAGCAGCAACAGCAGCAGCAGCACCACCACCACCACCACCCGCACCAGCAGCUGGCCGCGGCAAGCCCCGACGCGGCGGGGGCAGGCCUCACGGGGCCCGCCCUGGCGCCGGCCGCGGCACCGGCGUUCCAGGGCCUCGUCGGCGGAGCCCUGACGGGGGCGCACCUGCCGAAGGCAUUCGCAGUGCCCACGCUACCCUCGUUUGGGGCCGACGACACGCGGGCGCCGGCGAUGCGGGGAAAUGUGGUUGAGCGCAUGAUCAGCCAGGGGCACAACUUCAGCAGCAUGCUGGAGAGCGUGCCAAUGCUGGACCAGGUCGCCGGUGCUCUGAAGCUCACCACGCCCACAGCAAACCAGUUUCGCUUCAACCAGUCCGCGGAAGCAGCUGUGGCGGACAUACGCGCUGACGCCGCACGCCUGGGCCAGGCGGCGGCGCUCACGGACGACCCCGCCACGCAGAACCUGCUGCUGCGCCAACAGCUUGAGUUGAUGCGCAGCGCCAGCGAGGCGCAGAACACCCACAUGCGCGUUGCCAAGAUCGCCCGCAAGAUGCCGUGGAGCCAGACCAUGGACAUGUGCACCAACGCGCGCCCCAGAACGCUCGAGCUGGUCGAGGCCAUCACCGACCUGCCCGACGGCGUUGCCUCCUCUCUGUUCGGCACCAAGUCGGUGGGCGCAGCCGCCGCAGCGGCCGGCCCGCCCGCGGCCGCGACAGCCGCGGCCGCCGCCUUCCCGCCGCCGCCGGUGGGUGCGGCGGCGGCGGCUGCCGUCACGGUGUCGCGCGGCUACGGCUGCCUGAUGUGCACCAAGACUGGCCACAACUGGGCCCAGUGCCCGGACCUCGCCACCCUGCGCCGCGCCAACGACAACACCUACAAGCAGCUCGUGGUGGUUUUCACAGCGAUGCAGCAGCUGACGGCGGCACGUCCAGCCCCCCAGCCUUCGGGGCUAACGGACGAGCCGAGCGCGGAAGAAGGUGACUUUCUCGGUGUCUUACCGAGCGCGGCGGUAGCUGACAUACCGCCGCAGCCGAACUGGUUCGGCGCCAACGGCUUCAAGCUCAACACAGCAGCCUGGCAGCGUCACGGCGUGGACACCCCCGCAGUGCGCAACGCGGCUAUCUGGCACUUCGAGUCAGAGCCGGCCGCAUCCCACCAUCUCGCCAACUACCCGACCGUGCAAGAGCAUGGGGCUUCCCUCGGACAACAAUUCGACGACCUGCUGUCCAAGGGCUUAACCGAGGCAUACGACCCCGCCGUGCACGGGCUGCUGGAACUCUUCGCCACCGUAAUCAGCCCGCUUCACGUCGUGACCAAGGCUGACGGCGAUCUGCGGCCCAUCAUCGACCCAACCCGCUCCGGCGUCAACGCUUGCAUGACUCCGCUACCGUGCCCGCUGCCCUCCCUCGCCGACAUCCUGCAAGAUCUGCCGCCCAACGGAGCCCUUGGCAAACGCGACGUGGCCUCCGCCUUCCAUCACAUCAUCCUCGACCCGUCGGCACGUCGCUACAUGGCAUUCCGCCACCCCGUCACCGGUGCCGUGCAGCGCUGGGUGGUGCUGCCAUUCGGUGCCAGUCAGAGCCCAGCCAUCUGGGUAGAGCUCGCCACUGCCGCCUGCCGCAUCUUCCAAGAUGAGUGCGACCGCCGAGGCCUCAACAUCAAGAUCCACGUCUACGCCGACGACUUCAUGCUGUUGGGAGCCUCCCAUGCUGACGUGGUGGCGGCAUUUGAGGUGAUGGAUUCCCUGGGCACCGACUUGGGCCUGGAAUGGAAGGCAGCCAAGGACAUGGGCCGCGACGCACACUUGCAGCAAAUCGAAUUCCUCGGCAUGUGGUUCGACACAGUGCGCAUGGAAAUGCGCAUCUCGCCGGCCAAGCGCGAUCGCUACGCGACUGACGUCCGCUCCCUGCUUGCGUCAGCAGCGACAGGGCCUGUGCACCGCACCGAUCUGCUCUCCGUCACCGGCAAGCUCGCCUUCAUCUCCCGAGCAUGCCGGUGGGGUCCCUCCUUCCUACAAGGGCUCUACGACGUCGCGCCUACUCCGUCACCAAGGCCACCCGCAUACGUCACGCUCACUGCAGACGCCAUCGCCGACCUUAACUUCUGGCUACACGUCCUAGACUCCACUCAAUCGCCGUGGGACGGCGUUCGGCGCUGCGUCGUCGCAGACCUGGACGUGGUAUUGGGGGAAUAUCAGGGCCCCGAGGGGGCCGUGGUCUACACCGACGCCAGCGCAGCGGGCUGGGGAGCAGUAUGGGAAGAUGCAGAACUCCAGGACGAAUGGCUGCCGGCAGAACGAGAAGGGCACAUCGCUUGGCUGGAGCUGAAGGCGGUCCUGCGCGCCCUGCAGUCCUGGGCGCCAGACCUUGCAGGGCGGCGAGUGCUGGUGCGCAGCGACAACACGCAGGCAGUAGCAGCUCUCCGGCGGGGUUCGACGCGCGUGCGGGAGGGGCGCGAGUUGAUGCGCCAGGUGGCGGAGCUGGCGUUGCAGUACCAAUUCGAGCUGCGAGCCCUGCAUGUCGCCGGCGUGGACAAUGGACACGCGGACCGCCUCAGCCGGCGGCUGGGUAAGGCCGCCGAUCAGAACCUCUGCCUGCGCCACAGCAUCUACAGGCAGAUCUGCCACUCGGAGCAGUUGCAGCCAGGCGUCGACUGCUGCUGCGAUCCAGCGGGCCGCAGCCGUCAGCCGGGCUGCAGCGUCUACUUCAGCGCAGCGGAUUCCGUCCUGGCCCACGGAAGCGCUCUAACGGGUCGCGUACUGUGGGCUUUUCCGCCGCACAGCAUCAUCGGGGAAGUGUUGGGUUUGCUGGCGGGGUUGCGCGAGGCAGGCACGCAAGCGCUGGUGCUGGUGCCGGAGUGGCAAGCAAGGGGUUGGUAUCGGGCAUGGGUACGGGAGCGGGGUUCGCCGUUUAAGGUAGUUCGAGCGUUCCCAGCGGGCAGCCACCUCUUUCGUCACGAGAGCGGUCGAGAAGCAGGCUGGCAGGUGGCGCCGGCACCGCCGCCCCAGGGCCGCUGCAUCGUCUGCCAGGGCACGGUCGACGCCCUCGACCUGGAAUGCAGCGGCUGCGGGGAUUGGUCACACCGCCGCUGCCAACAGCUCGCAGCGGCGGCGUACCCCGGUGGCGUGUACCUGUGCCGGCGUUGCCUGCUGGCCGAGGCGCAGCUGGGAGGAGUGCCCGACUCAGCAUUGGAGGAGCUGGCCGACAAGGCCGUGGCGGCGGCGGGCAGUGCAGUGGCCGAAUCGUCGGCUGAGACCUAUCUCUCGCACCGCCGCCGCGUGGCCCGCUUCGCAGAACAGGUGCUUCGCCUGCCCGCGCACGCGGUGUUUCCCCGGGGGCCAGACGCGGACAUCAACCGCGCCCACGUGUGCCUAUUCUUAGCGUGGGCAGUCCAGCACUACGCUCUCAGCACCAUCGGCGGCACGCUGUCGGCGCUGGCGGACUGGCAGCGCUCGCGCGGCAUCCCGGCGGCAGCGUCUAUCCGCCGCGAUCCUAUGGUGCAGCGCCUGUGGGCGCAGCUGCAGCGGGAGGCGGCUGGCGGACCGGCACCGCCGCCGGCCUUGAAGCCGCCCUUCCCCAUUGGCCUGCUGGUCUGGCUCGUAGCGUGGCUCGGCUCCGACGCAGCGCCAGGCACCCCGGCGGAGCGGAGCCAAGACGCGUGCUGGCUGGUGCUCGGUUUCUUCGGCAUGCUCCGGCGCAGCGAGUUGGCGGGACUGCAGCUGCGGGACGUCAGGGGGGUGCCAGGCGGAGGAGUAGAGCUGCACAUUCGGCGGAGCAAGACGGAUCAGAGGGGAGAAGGGGCGACGGUGGUGCUCGCGGCCGAGUCAGGAAGCGGGAUUCGGAUUCAAGCGCUAGUGGCGUGGCACCUGCGGACCGCCGCACGGGACGGCGGACAGGGCAGCCACCCACUCUUCACGCGCAGGGGGGAAUGGGGCCUCCGGCCGGUCGCCCUGGGGAAGGCCGACUUCAACGGCCGUCUGAGGGCGCUGCUGGCGGAGGCGAUGCGCCAAAUCGGCCCCAGCUCCCCGGACCUGGGCGUCUACACAGCUCACAGCCUGCGGCGCGGCGGCGCCACGGCGGCAGCAAACGGCGGGUCCCCCUUGGAAGAGAUCAAGGCACACGGGCGGUGGAAGUCUGACGCGGUGCGGCGGUACGUUCAACCGGCAGCGGCAGUGCGCAUGCAGAUUGUGGGCCGGAUGUAGCCGGCCGACGGGUAGUGGGGGGUUGGCCUCUGCAUGCGCCGAAUUCGGGAUGCAGAACGAGCCGCACGGGGCGGCCCGCAAGGGAGCACGGGCGGCGUCGGCUUUCCCCCAAUCCUUUGUUGGCGCCCUCCCGGUGUGGCGGGCGGGCGGGCGAAGGACAAUUUAAUCCGUGUGGCUAUUCGAGGGCCGGACAGGGGGGGGGCAGAUGGGGGGGGUGCGCUGAGAGGGGGGGGGAGCCGGGAGGAGGGAUUGCCGGCUCCGCGCGAGUGGCAGGGACGGGGAGGCGAGCGAACAUGAGACGGGAGGGACAAGAACAGUUGCGGAAGUAGGGUAACACGGGCCGGAAGGCGGUGUUAUUGCACUCAAUAGCGUAGCGGUGAGGCGGACGAGCCGCCAUUGCGGAAUUAAAUUAUGCUUUUGGACUCAGUCAAAAAGCCGGUUUGAGGACGCCAAUGAGAGGCGAGUACGACUCAUCGAGAGAAGGUUGGCUCAAGGGAGUUUCCCCUCUUCCAGUCUUUUCUAUUGACUUUCGAUAGAACGUUUGCAGUAGGGUUUGGUCAGACCAGGACUCAGUAGCACCAAUCGGCGGAAGAAAGUUUGCCCCGAGUAGCACUGCGUUUCCGGCCAGCUGAGGCUGUGAUUUCCGUCAGAACGGUUGCGGUAGCAAGGGCCAGAGUGGUGCCCAGGAGCGCCCAGUGGCGGGGCCAGGCUCUUCGUUUCCCACCCGCCCGCCCAACGAAGAGCAGGAAGAGACUCGGACGGGAGAACCGGGGGGGUUGGCCUCUGCAUGCGCCGAAUUCGGGAUGCAGAACGAGCCGCACGGGGCGGCCCGCAAGGGAGCACGGGCGGCGUCGGCUUUCCCCCAAUCCUUUGUUGGCGCCCUCCCGGUGUGGCGGGCGGGCGGGCGAAGGACAAUUUAAUCCGUGUGGCU